UCAAAAUUAAGAGAGUCGCUAAUAGUAUUGUAUACAUACAAUACAUCUCUCAAAAAAUGAAGGAAGAAACGGUGAUAAUAGUCGGAGCCGGGCCCUCAGGCCUAGCAAUGGCUGCUUGUCUAAGCCGUUUAUCGAUUCCACACAUAGUUUUAGAGAGAGAAGACUGUUUUGCUUCUCUGUGGAAAAAGUAUUCCUACGACCGUGUCCACUUUCACCUCAGAAAGCAGUUCUGUGAGCUUCCUCACAUGCCUUUUCCUUCCGAUUUCCCCCCAUACUUGCCCAAAAAGUUAUUCACCCAAUACUUGGACGACUACGUCUCUUGCUUCAACAUAGCUCCGAUGUACCGGAGAGACGUUGAGUCCGCGAGAUACGACGACGGUUUGGAGAAAUGGGUUGUGAAAGCAAGGGUGGUUUAUGGUACUACUGAUAGUAAUAUUGAUGGUGAUCAUCAUGAGAUUGAGGAUUAUUCUGGAAGGUUCUUGGUGGUGGCCAGUGGGGAAACCGCCAACCCUUUUGUGCCGGAGAUCAAAGGCUUGAGUGGUUUUUGUGGUGAUUUUCUUCAUUCCACCAAGUUUAAAUGUGGGGUGGAGUUUAAGGGGAAGAGAGUUUUGGUUGUUGGGUGUGGGAAUUCCGGCAUGGAAAUUUCUUUGGAUUUGGCUAACCACGGCGCUAAAACUUCCAUCAUUGUUCGAAGCCCGGUUCAUGUUUUGUCAAGAGGGAUGGUUUAUUUGGCGUUGAUUUUGUUGAAGCGUCUUCCUAUUGGCGUGGUUGACUCUUUGAUGGUCAUGCUUAGCAAGUUGGUCUACGGGGACUUGAAAAAGUAUGGCCUAAGAAGACCUACUAAUGAAGGCCCCUUUUUAAUGAAGGACAAAUAUGGGAAAUACCCAGUUGUUGAUGUGGGCACUUGUGAGAAGAUCAAAACCGGCGAGAUUCAGGUCUUGUCAUCGGAAAUAGAAAGCAUAAAGGGCAACGACGUGUCGUUGAAGAAUGGCAAGUCGCACCAUUUUGACGCAAUCGUUUUUUGUACUGGCUUUAAGAGGUCAACACACUUGUGGCUAAAGGGGGAUGACUAUUUGUUGAAUGAUGAUGGAAUUCCUAAACCAAGUUACCCUAAUCAUUGGAAGGGAAAAGGGGGUUUGUACUGCGUUGGUCUGUCCAGACAAGGGUUCUAUGGAGCCAAAUCGGAUGCUGAAAACAUAGCCAAUGAUAUCAAGUCCAUUAUACGUGUAACGCCCAAUAUUAUCAAAGUUAAUCAACAGGAAAAGUGUUCAUCUUACUGUUAGGUUUUUUAUUUUCUCUUUAUU